AUGGGCAGGAAGUGCUCUCAUUGUGGGAACUUAGGCCAUAAUUCAAGGACCUGCGCCCGUUACAGAGCAACCGUUGUUGGUGGUCUUAGGCUUUUUGGCGUGCAACUUGGCACAUCUUCAUCUUCUGCUGCCAUGAAGAAGAGCUUCAGCAUGGAUUGCUUACCCUCAUCCUCAUCCUCAUCCCCAUCGUCUUCUUUGUGUUCAUCUAGAGUUUCCAUUGAUGAUAACUCUGACAAAACAUCUAUCGGCUAUCUGUCUGAUGGUCUCAUAGGAGUUCCAUGGACAGAAGAGGAGCACAGAACAUUUCUAAUCGGACUAGAGAAGCUAGGAAAGGGAGAUUGGAGAGGCAUCUCCCGUAACUUUGUUACUACUAGAACUCCCACUCAAGUUGCUAGCCAUGCUCAAAAGCAUUUUCUUCGCCAGGCAAGCCUGAACAAGAAGAAGCGACGUUCAAGCCUUUUCGACUUGGUUGUAAGCAGCAGCAACAUAACUACUAGUCAUCAAGUUGGUGGUUCCUGCAAUAACCAGCCAAGUGAUUAUCCAGUUCCUACAUAUUUCAAGGCAUCUAGCUCUCGAUAUGCAAUAACGCACCAUGAAACCAGUACUCUGCCUCUGCCAGGCCUUAACAUUUCUGAUCAUGAACAAGGAGUCAAAUCAGAUGUCCAAGAAACUAACUAUUCGGAUGAAUUAGCACCACAAGACCAUUCAAUGCCAUUUUUUCUGCACGUAGUGAAUGAAUAUCCCUUGCCAAAGCCUUCAAAUCCAUCAAAAGCAAUGCCUCUAAAUGUAGCAGUACCUGAUCUAGAGCUCAGUCUUGCUGCUUCAACAUCUUCGGAAAGCAAUAAUCCAUCCCCAAGUCCCCUUCGCAUCAGACCUAUUAGAGUUACCUAA